AUGUCUGACAAGAAGGAGGAAGAUCUGGACUCUAUCAUCAAUAGAUUGCUCGAGGUCAGGGGUAGCCGGCCAGGUAAACGAGUCCGGCUCCACGACUGGGAGAUCCAAUAUCUCUGCCAUAAGGCGCGCGAGAUUGUCAUAUCUCAACCUAUAUUACUAGAGCUUGAGGCACCCAUUCAGAUCUGCGGUGAUGUCCACGGCCAAUACUACGACCUCCUGCGCCUGUUUGAAUACGGUGGCUAUCCACCUGAUGCCAACUACCUGUUCCUUGGUGACUAUGUUGAUCGCGGAAAGCAGUCGAUCGAGUGCAUCUGCCUUCUAUUAGCUUAUAAGAUCAAAUACCCCGAGAACUUCUUUAUCCUGCGGGGGAAUCACGAAUGUGCUUCGAUAAACCGGAUAUAUGGGUUUUACGACGAAUGCAAGAGAAGAUAUAAUGUUAAGCUCUGGAAGACGUUCAUUGAUUGCUUUAAUUGUCUGCCAAUUGCGGCUCUUGUGGAGGACAAGAUUUUUUGUAUGCAUGGGGGGCUCAGCCCAGAUCUUAAUUCAAUGGAUCAGAUCCGUCGCAUUAUGCGUCCCACGGAUAUACCUGACUCUGGCCUAUUGUGUGACCUCCUCUGGGCGGAUCCAGACAAGGAGAUAACCGGCUGGGGAGAGAAUGAUCGUGGUGUCUCCUUCACAUUUGGCCCUGACGUUGUCAACCGUUUUAUGCAGAAACACGACAUAGAUUUGGUAUGCCGCGCGCAUCAGUGUGUGGAAGAUGGGUAUGAGUUCUUCGCGAAACGCAAACUUGUCACGCUGUUCAGUGCACCGAAUUACUGUGGCGAAUUUGACAACGCCGGAGCUAUGAUGAGUGUGGAUGAGAGCCUGCUUUGCUCUUUCCAGAUCCUUAAACCAGCCGAAAAGAAAAAGGCGAGUAUCAUGAGAGGGUUCAAAGCGGGCAGAUCUAACCCAUCUUCAGGUCAUCAGAAGAAGCAAUCAUGA